AUGCCUAACGAGGACGACGUCAUUGGGGGUUCCUUCUUUCCAAGCUUACGACGCCUCGACUUCGCUUUCUCCAAAUCUUGGACGAUUUGUCGCCUUGCGAAGAACUCGGUGAAUGAACCCAUUGAUGACCCCAUUGACGACCCCGACUUCGCAUUAACGCCAUACCUUUCAUCGAUGCACCUUUCUUCUGUCAAGAUACUCAGGAUUUCGGGGCGCAAAUUGCCGUACAGUUUUAUCGAGUUCCUGCUCCCUUCUGGUGUUGAUGGCUCAAAGGCCACUGUUUUCUCCGACCUCGAAUCUUUGACAUUGGAGGGUUUCGUUACGGCAGGUGGCCUCAUAUCUUGGUUCAUCUGCGAGCAUUUUGCUCUGCGGUCGGGCAAUGGCCAACAACCACUAAAGAAGGCACGAAUUCUUGUAGAAGGGUUGGCAAAGAAUUAUGUGAAAGAUUCUCGGACAUUCAAGCUGUUGAAGAACAAGGGACUAGCUGUGCACUUUACCGUUUCUAACCAUUUUUGUAGACCUCCGACUAAUCAGGGUGGGGCCUGGACACAUCUCCAACUUUAA